GGGGCAAGGAGCUGUCAAAUCAACAAACGGAAGGCUGUGCAUCGUUUCAUGAAUUUUCCUUUGUUGUGUUUAUUAUUGCAUUAUUGAAUGAAAUAUAUGAAUUUUGAGGACAAUAUUGCAGUGAGAGUGUUUUUUGAGAAUAUCCGUAGCAUUUAUAAGUGGCCAGUGUUCAUUGUUUACCUCUAGGAUCAAACAACGUGCGUCGGUGGAACAAUCAGCCAUCAUAAUAAAGGGUGUGAACAUCAUCAGUACGUGUUUAUGAUCGUGCGGUGAGGAAACUCGGCCGAUAGUAGUCGGUCGGAAAAGUCGGAGGGUCUUCAUCAAGCUGCCGUCAUGACGCUACACUGGUGGAUGCACUGGUUCUGGGUGACAACGCUGUUCACCAUCCAUGCGAACAGCGGGCUGAGCUCCGCCGCGCCGCAGUCAGAGGAGCUCCAACACAUCAGCGCUGAAGCCGAGCUGGACCGACGACUCUCCGAGCGACAGAGUCGAGCCAUGUACUACACGAAAACACAAGUCACCACACAGACCUCCAACAUAACAGACAAUUAUACGGACAAACCACCAGAAAUACCAGUAGUAAACGUAACAGAAGCCAAUAGAACAGAAGAAGUUCCACACCCAGCGAUACAGUGGACAGUAGUCAACAUCACGGAAAUGUCGUUAAACAACACACAGACUCCAAACGCAAGCGUAAGUAAUGCAACGGUGGCUCCGUUCACGAAUUUGACGGAAACGCAGAAUACGACAUUUGCGUCCAAAAAGAGGAAUCUGACUAGACCAGACUUCGUGAAAGACGGAGGGGGAAAUGUGGCGGAGAGUAGAAUCGUGACGGAGAAGCCAUUGUCGUUGGAGACUACCUUCCUACAGACUCGGAUACCACCGAACGUAGAAUCUUCCAGAAGGGUGAUAGACCAAGGUGACGGGGGAAUGGAUACGGGAGCGAUAGCUGGGAUAUCGUUUGCGGCGCUAGUUCUCGCGGCCCUGGCCGGGAGCACGGCGUUCGUGUUGUACCGGCGGAGGUACCUGAACAAGCCGCAGACCCUCAAUGACAAGUGCUCGAACCCUGAUUCGAGCGGCUACUUGGAUGACAGUACGAUAAGAGACAACUCCGAAGAGAUGUACAGCUUGGACAACGACUCCUUCCUCAAUUCUCUGGAGGCGAUGACCAUUCAGAACUACUGGACGGACACAGUCAAGCACACCAAACUCUGAUCAUGUCACACCUCAUGACGUCACCCACACAAGAUGUCGGACCAAACUAAUUUUUACCAUUACUGUCAUAAUGGGAAUUGAAGAUGACCAUGAUUAUACCAAGGACAUUAUGUCGAGACAAUUUUAAUACUAAUACAGCUAUGUUUUGUCAAAGAUAUCUAAGGAAUUGACAUGAUUCGUAUCUAUAAUCUAACAUGCAUCUAAAAUCAUGACAGAUUAGAUAAAACAAAUCUAAAUGUCAACUUUGAUACUGUCUGAUUAGAAAUUUUAAAUUAAGAACUUGAAUGACGUGACUACAAUAUGACAGUUGAUCAAAUAAUUCGAUAUUCAAAUUUUUCUGUGAUUAUUUUAUUGAUUUUUAAUGUUUUUUUUUAUGAUUUUAAUUCAAACAUUUUAACUAUUUUGAUUUUAUUUGAGAGUUCUAAACUCGUGAAAUGACAUGGAUUUCGGAAACAUUUUUUAAACAAAAAUAUUUUUAUUUACAGAAGUUUUGCGAAACCUCCAAUAAAUAGGCCUAGAAAUGAAUUUAUUCAUUAUAUUUGAAUGAAAACCCCGACUUGAUAAGGACAAAUGCUUUGUAUACUCUCUUUGAACUCUAUAACAAUAAACAUACGUACGUUUGUCACCAAAUCUAUAAUUAUAGGAUAUCCCUUGUAGUGACAAAGUGAAUAAAAAAUCUUCACAUGACUUGUCAUGGUUCUAAUUCGACCAAAGCUGUAACAUCAACAGUUCAUAUUGAUCAGUUUUUACAUAAAAUAAAAUUGUAUCUAAAAAUAUUUUAAACUAUCUUGUCUCUACUUAUCAACUUCUGUUUGACAGAAAGAGGAAGAUAUUUAUUAAUAUUUUUAGCGCCAAUUUCAUUUAAUUUAUUUUUUUCCGUAUAGGCAAAGGCAAGUAACAACCAGAAAAGUAUUUACGCGAAAGCAUGUAAAAUUAAAUGUUCUCUUAUAAAUAAACAAGAUCAGCCUUUAUAACGUGCGGCGCUCUGAUUGGUUGCUCCAAAUUAACUAACCAAUCAAAGGGCUAAUCAACUCGCACUCAGUACCCAGUUUUUUUAAGCUAGAUUUAGUGUUCAGGUUUCUAAGAAAUCUGUCAAAAAUCUAGAUUCGUUCUUGAGUAAUAUUUUAUCCUACCCAUGUAAGAAAUUUACUAUGUAUUUUCACAAUCAAUUCAUUCCUAUCUGCAUAUGAACUGUUGAUACAAAAAAACAUGGACUUAAAAAAUAAUGACGACAUUUUUCUACAUUUUAUUAAAACGUAAAUUUUAAUUAAUAUAAUACGAUGCAAUCUUAAGAUAGAGUAAUUAAUAUUUUUAAUAAAUACAUACCUAUGUGUAGAUUUAAUUUAUAUUAGAAUUUAAUAAUAUAUGGUUUUGUCGUAAAAUUGUAAAUACAUAAUAAUUGUUGUGAUAAUUUUCGUUAGAUUACUGUUUUGUUUCGGUAGUUGUGCAGAUUUGUUUAAUAUUUGUAUAUUUUCCCAUGGUUACACUAAUAGUAGAGUGUCUUCUAAAUUGUUCCUAAAUUAUUUUCUAUCAUACAAAUAUUUUCUUCGUAGUUUUUAUUUUGCAUAUCAGUAAAAAUGUAUGAAAAUAACACCAAUCAAUAAAAAUAGAACAAAUGUUAAACACCUCUGCACAAAGAAUGGUAUAUAAAAGCUGCGACAAAUAUGUCGCAAAGAAUAUUGUAGUGUAUUCUUGUCGCGAUAUUUUUUGAUCGCACCUUGUGACUCCGUAGUACAUCUUGUCCCAGUAGAUUGUACAUGUAACUACGUGUAAAUUUGAUAUUUUUGUAAUAUUCCCUUUGUGUGAAGUUUAAACAGAACACUGUAUUAGAACAAUGCCCAUUAUAAUACUAAAACUAUAAAAAACUAAAUUGUAAAUUGACUUUACAGUUUGUUUUUAAAAAAGUAUUUGUUUUGAGGUAUGUAUCUACAACAGUUUUCUGUGCUAAACUUAUAGGUUGUAAGAUUGAAGAUUACUAUUCUUUAACAUUUUUCCAAAUAAAAUUCCACCAUCAAUAUUCAUGUAACAUAGUUCAUAAGCCCCAUUCAUGCUAAGACAAUUGAAGAUAGUUGACAUGUUGUGAAUUCGACAUGUGAUUCUGUUGUGUUAAGAUGAAUGGGAAGCUUUAGACAUAAGGAUGUGAUCUCAAUAUAUCAUUUUUGAAUAAGCGUGAAAUAUCUAUGUGUGUGAUAGCUUUAAUGUUCCCUAUUUACUUUUUAUUACUAUAAGGUAUAUAAACAGCGUACCUAUGUAUUUAAAUGCAUCCCAUACUUUUCAAAUUUAUACUUAAACAUAAACAUGUCAGCCAUACUUAUUAAUAUUUAUUUUUUAUUCAUUAAUUUUUUUUAUUGUGAGUUUCAGACUUUAAAAUAAUUUGUGAUUGUUAAUUGACACGUUUUCUAAUAUAAUUUAUGAUUUCUUAAGGGUCGGCAAAACGCAUGUAACGCCCCAAGUGUUGCAAGCCUUCACAAGCCACAGUAACCACUUACAAUCAAGUGGGCAGAGUGCUUUCUUGCCACAGUCGUGGUAUAAAAAAAUAUUUGUUUUGUGUAUAUUUUUAUUGUGAUUCUAGAUCCGUCCAUUGAUUGAGAUUUUGUUUUCUUUAAACAUUUUUAAAUUGAUUGAAUAGUCUAUAUUUAUAUAACAUUCAUUAGAAUAUUUAUUUGUUAUUUUCUCAGUCAUAUCAAAAUAUUAUCUGUGAAUAUAUUAACUUGUAUGUGUAAUCAUUAACAUGGUGUGAAAUAUUUAAGCGUGUAACAUUAUUUAGUCGGGCAAUUUCGAUGUUUUUGAAUACUUAAUAAAGAAAAUCGAGAAAGUUGAGCUUAAUUCGUGUAGAAUCAAGUAUUAGAGGCAAGUGGUAAUUAAAAAUGUAUGUUAGUUUACGUAAAAAUGUGAAUAACCAAACUACCAUCUCUUUCCUUGUAAUGGUGCUCCCACACAGCAGUUAUAUAACGUUAUACAACAUUGUGUAACAUUUAUAACAGCAUGUAACAUACUCUACAACCACUGUUAUAAUUUGUUUAAACACAAAUAUUAUUGUUACACAUUGUUGUAUAACGUUAUAUAACUGCUGUGUGGGAGCACCAUAAGAAUAACAAGAGUGUACUUUAAUUUUUUAAUUAAUACCCAUGAGUUGUGAGAUAAAUAUUUUAAUAGUUUUUGAAACUACCCCACAGUAACCUGUACUUAUUAUAGUUGCCAUAGAUAAAAUAUGUUUCGUUUAAAUGUAAAAGUUCCCAGUACAAGGUGCUAGGAGAUUUUUGUCGGUAGAAAGAAACUUAAGAACCCCCAAUUUAUGUAGUCUACAAUAAUGUGUAAUUGGUUUAUAAGCCAAAAUAACUAUAGUAAUAAUUUAGUAUCAUUAAAUAUAUUUUUACUUGGAAUAA